GGUGACUUGGCAGUCACACUAGAGAUACGGAAGCUUACCGGGUUUAUUUAGCUUUAAUUGAAAUAUACUCUUAAAUUGCUGCUAUGGCCACCUACGAGGAAGUCAAGGAUGUGCCCAACCAUCCGAAAAAGUACCUGUUCGACGUCCGCAACGAAACAGAGCUGAAGGAAACCGGUGUCCUGCCUGCCAGCAUAAACAUACCAUUGCCCGAAUUGGAGAAGGCUCUGAACUUGCCGAAUGAGGAAUUCACCAAGGCCUAUGGACGCGAGAAGCCUUCACCGGAUGCGGUGCUGAUCUUCUCCUGCAAGGCAGGAGGGCGUGCUGCCAGGGCUGCUAAUUUGGCUGGCACUUUGGGUUAUACAAAUGCCAAGGCCUAUGCCGGUUCCUGGACGGAGUGGGAGGCGAAGCAAGCCGGGAACUAAUAAUUAUUCCUUAAUAAAUUGUAUACAAUUUAUUACCC